AAUGAUUACAAACAACUCCAAACAACACAUCAGCAUACCCCUUGUGGGUACUUCUGUCCGCGGCCGCUGUUUCUGAAAAGUGCGUCUCCUGCAUGAAAGCGAUUGUUUUGCCGCAGACGACCUGAAAAGCAGUGAAUUCUGAAGCAAUAGACGUUGAAUACCUCAAAUUAGUAUCUGAACCAUUCCAGGCACUCGACAUGGAAGAAUUUCUCGAGGAUGAUAGCUACGAACCAAACGAAGACAACACAGUAGUGGAAAGUCUGGAAGAAGAGCAGGAAGCUGUCGAAACGAUUCUCGGUUCAGGCGAUCCUCGAUUCAUUAACGAAUUCUUGAUCUGCAAAAUGCUAUUUCGUCACCAGCAGUGCGAACCCAGUGUUGAUUUCGCGACUAUUCGUUCCAAUUCGUUGGAGGAAUUCAUGGAUAAUCUCUACCGGCUGGUUCAACCUUUCAUCAAACGAGAGAUUGAGUUUUACGAAAUGAAUCAGCCGAGCUGGGCAGAGAAAGAGUUUCCCACUCGGGAAGAUUUGAACAGAUUUGUGGCGUUCAAAGACAAGGUGCGCAAGCGGUCCUAUAGGAUUGAGCAGGUGACGGAAUUCAUGCUCAAACGGUGGAACGAGCGGGAAAUCAUACUGCAGGUUUAUACCUACUCAAGUAACUUGGACUCAAGAGCCGCGUGGGAUAUUGCCAGGCAAGUGCUGCUAGGGGAAGAAGGCCCAACAGACGAUGGUAUCAAAAAGGUAAUCAAGGCAGCACCGGACAACGACGAGAACAGGCUAAAAGCUAUCACGAGAAAGCUGCAGAAAAUCCAUCAAGCUCACUUGAAACCGAAAACCGAUGAUGCGUUCCAGCAGUGGGCUCAGCUAGUCAUGCAACAAUCAAGCAAGAAGUACAAAGAUUUCGGUUUCGGUAGGCUCCCAAAGAAGCUGCAGAACAAAUUCACGGUGAUGAAACGCAUAAGAGAGCGAAAAUCAAAUAGCAUUUGGGGGCCAGCACUACCAGGACAUUCCGCCGAUGGGUAUGGAUUCGAGGAAGAAGUCUACGCGCUUCGACAGACGGUGAUCCAAAUCAAGGAUCUUGUGGAAAUGUUGGAUAGGAGGGUGGAAAUGCUGGAGGAGAAGUGCCAGGGCUUCCGGCAAACGCGGAAUGGCGUUGCGCUCAAGAAGAACGAAAAGUACGACAGCGAUGGCGUCGAGGAGAGUGAAGACGGUGGCGGGAAUGACGACGCUCAGAUGGGAGAGGAAAAUGAAGAACCGGCUAUCAAUGUGGCGGCGAUGGUACAAGUCGACCUGGAGCAGCCAGGGGGAAGUCAAAGUGGACAUCCUGACCCACUGUUUCCAAUGGAGUACGAAGUGAAGGAGGAGAAUGAUGAGGUUGAGUCUGAUGAGUAGAUUUAGUUUUGAGUUAAUACAUUAUCGAACAUACAAUGUGUUGACGAUAAAGUUUGAUCCUAAAAAUCCCUAAUAAACACAUGAUUGAAUGACGAAA